CCCUAGAUGGCAGUCACGUAUCAGACAGCCUCAUUUUAGACUGCACAAAGAAAAGUCGCUGGUUUGUUUACACUUGUUGCAAUGGCGAACAUCACCGAACUGAAAUGUGCGGUCCGAGAAACCCUGGAGUCCCGCGGGGUACUGGGCCAGCUAAAAGCUCGCAUCCAGGCAGAGGUGUUCGGUGCCCUAGAUGACCAGCGAGAGCAACGUCCGCCGUUGUCCCACGAAAACCUGCUCAUCAAUGAGCUUAUCCGGGAAUACCUAGAGUUCAACAAGUACCGAUACACGGCAUCGGUACUGACAUCUGGUAAGCCUUCACUCGUUUGGCUCUGCAGGACACAUAAAGAGUCAGGCCAACCCCAAGUUCCACUGGAUAGACCGUUUCUGGCGAGUGAGCUGGGAGUCGCAGAGGAUUUGAGCUCCAAGUCUGUGCCGCUCCUGUACGGUUUGGUGUCACACUUCCGGAAUAGUGGCGAUGACAGGAGGAAGGUGUUCCUAAGGGGCACCGCUCCCCCCGGUCCUGUCAGCAAGACAGGACAUAAAGUUGACAGCUAGGACAUGAUACUGCAUUGAGGUAAUGAAUGAUGUGCUGUGGACCACAAAUGUGCCGAUGGAUGAAAAACACAAACUCAAUGACACCUCUUUUAGAGUUUUUUUGUUUGAAUAUCCUGGUCAUACGACAUGGAUUUAUCUGUUUUUUAUUUCUGAAAUCAUUGGCAUUUUAUGUUAGUUUUUUUUAAAUACUUAUGUUGAUGUUUUCUUGUUGUAUUCGUUCAGAUAUUUAAAUAAAUAAUCAAAUAUU